UUCGUACUAAGUGCAAUUUACAACCAAAGGUUGCCAAAGAAGUCAGCAGAUAAGGCUUUCUUCUUCACUCUACUUUCUAUCUCUCAUCAGCCAUGGCAGAAGCUUUAACAGUAGUAUUCCAAACCACACUACUCCCAUCUUUUUCCUCUCAAUUCCACCACCAUCUCUAUCACAAUCGCCUUUCAUCUCCUAAACCCAUUUGUACACCCAAAACCCACCACGCUCUAACCCCAAUUCAGUGCUCAAUUUCCACUACUGCAACCCCAAGUACUGCUUCUGCAGUGGACAGAAUUCCAUGGGGUUGCGAAGCCGAUUCUGUAAAAAAUGCCGAGGCGUUGCAGGAUUGGCUUACUAAGUCUGGUUUACCCUCUCAAAAGAUGAGGAUUGAGAGGGUGGAUGUUGGUGAGAGAGGUCUUGUUGCAAAUAAUAAUAUUCGAAAGGGAGAGAAGCUUCUCUUUGUUCCUCCUUCUCUUGUUAUUACUGCUGAUUCGGAGUGGAGCUGUCCUGAGGCUGGUAAAGUUCUGAAAAAGAAUUCUGUUCCUGAUUGGCCACUGCUUGCGACAUACCUAAUAAGUGAAGCAAGUCUAAUGAGUUCAUCAAGAUGGAGCAAUUAUAUCUCAGCCUUACCUCGACAGCCCUAUUCCCUUUUGUACUGGACACGUUCAGAGCUGGAUAGAUAUUUGGAAGCGUCCCAGAUUAGAGAAAGGGCUAUUGAAAGGAGUAAUGAUGUUAUUGGAACAUACAAUGAUUUAAAGCUUAGGAUAUUCUCUAAACACCCUGAUUUAUUCCCUGAAGAAGUUUACAAUAUGGAGACGUUUAGGUGGUCAUUUGGCAUCCUUUUCUCACGAUUGGUAAGAUUACCUUCAAUGGAUGGUAAGGUAGCAUUGGUACCAUGGGCGGAUAUGCUGAACCACAGUUGUGAGGUGGAAACAUAUUUGGAUUACGAUAAGUCCUCAGAGGGCAUUGUCUUCACAACUGACCGCCAAUACCAGCCAGGUGAGCAGGUGUUUAUAUCAUAUGGAAAAAAGUCUAAUGGGGAGUUGUUGCUGUCAUAUGGUUUUGUUCCCAAGGAAGGAACCAAUCCUUCUGAUUCUGCUGAAUUGUCAUUGUCACUAAAAAAAUCCGACAAAUGUUACAAGGAGAAGCUUGAUGCUCUAAAGAAAUAUGGUUUGUCAGGAUCUCAUUGCUUUCCUUUGCAAGUGACUGGUUGGCCGGUUGAAAUGAUGGCUUAUGCGUACCUGGUAGUCAGCCCACCAAGCAUGCUACAACAAUUUGACGAGAUGGCUGCUGUAGCAUCAAAUAAAACAGGGGCCAAGAAGAAUAUUAGAUACCCUGAAAUAGAUGAGCAAGCUUUCCAAUUCAUUUUAGACACUUGUGAAGCAAGCAUUGCAAAAUACACUAAAUUCUUGCAGGCAAGUGGAUCUAUGGAUUUGGAUGUGACCUCACCGAAGCAGCUGAAUCGAAGACUGUUCUUAAAGCAACUAGCCGUGGACUUGUGUAACAGUGAAAGAAGGAUAUUGUACCGCACCCAAUAUAUACUAAGGAGGAGAUUGAGAGACAUAAGAUCUGGUGAACUGAAAGCUCUCAGAUUAUUUGAUGGUUUCCGGAAUUGGUUUAAAUGAAAGUCUUUGGAAAUUUAAGCAGAUUGGCAUAUUGAUGCAAUUACCUGAUAACAAGCUGGGAUUAUAUUUCGAUGGUAAGUUUUUUGGCACAAAUGUCUCGAUGGUAGUAAACAUACCAUUUUGGUAGGAUUGGUUUUAUGUAAUGUGAAUUAUUGUACACCCUGACGAUGAAGUGAAGAUAAUAGAAACUUUUAAAGUUGCUUAUAUUGGCUAUAUAUCGUCUCUUUCUUCUCCUGUGAUGUAAAUUUAUUGGUUUAAUGUAAUGUGAAUUAUUGUACACCCUGACAAUCAAGUGAGGAUAAUAGAAACUUUUAAAGUUGCUUA